AUGGCCUCCUCCUCCUCCUCUUUGCCGUCGCCCUCGUCCUCGUCCUCGUCCUCGUCCUCGAAGAAGCUCGUCCUGAGGAGCUCCGACGAAAAGCACUUCGAGGUCGACGAGGCCGUCGCCCUUCAGUCUGAGAUGAUCAAGCAAAUGGUCGAAGAUGGUUUUGGUGGCGAUGUGAUUCCGUUGCUCAACGUCAGCAGCAAUAUCUUAUCCAAGGUGAUUGAUUAUUGCAAGAAACACGUGGACUUUGAUUCCAAGAAGAAGAUGGACGAUAGAAGAAGAUGGGACGCAGAGUAUAUCGACGUCGGUGUCGAUGAACUUUACCAUCUUAUAAUGGCUGCCAACUACCGUAAUAUCAAAGGGUUGUUGGAUUUGACUUGCCAGAAGGUCGCUGAUACGAUUAAAGGGAAGAAGCCGAAGCAGAUUCGGAUAAUUUUUAAUAUAAAAAACGACGUUACGCCUGAAGGAGAACAGAAGAUACGAAAAGAACACAGUUGGGCUUUUGAGUGA